AUGAAGUUUGGGAAGUACCUUGCUUCAAGGCAAUUAGAGCUUCCAGAGUAUUCUGGACACUUUAUAGACUAUAAGGGUUUGAAGAAGCUUAUCAAGAAGUUAGCGGUACCUGCAAAUCAAAAUAACUCUACCAAUGGAUUAGUAUCAGCGACAUCGCAAGAAGCUCAACAAGCACUAAAAGAGAAUAAGGCAUCCUUUUUCUUUAGGGUGGAAAGAGAAUUAGACAAGGUUAAUUCGUUCUAUUUGGAGAAGCAAGCUAACUUGGCCAUCACUUUGGAUUUGUUGGUGAUGAAGAAAAACGAGUUACUUUCCAAGUCUAACGAAUAUGUGCAGAUAGGAAAUAGCAACACAUCUGGUGGGUCUUCAUCGGGCUCUUCAAAUGCUAACUUUAGAAAUUCAAUUUCGUAUUUGAAUUUAUACCAAAAUUUCAAGAAAAUACAUCAAGACCUUAUAAGGUUGCAACAAUUUAUAGAAUUAAACGAAACUGGAUUUCUGAAAGUUGUGAAAAAAUGGGAUAAAAGAUCAAAGUCACAUACAAAAGAAUUGUUUAUUCUGACAGCAGUUAGCGUGCAACCAGUUUUCCAUAAAAACGAAAUUAACGAAUUAAGUGAUUUAGUAACACAAUCCUUAUUUGAUUUAGAAUCUAUUUUAGAUGGGGAUUAUACUUCAAUCAAUAAUUUUGUAAAUAAAGGACAAUCAAAUGAUAUAAAUACUCAACAAAUAAUCCAAAACUUAUCAAGAACAAACUCAAAUACGAAUGUGGCUCAAUUACCCAACGAUACAACUAAUAUUGAAAGAAACGGAUCCAUUGGAUCAAUUAAUUUUCAGUCGUUAAGAAAUAAUUCUAUUAUUAAUUUGCAGAACAACGAAGUAGAUGAACUAUACACUAGUUUUGUUAAUGUUGCAACAAUUAAAGAUCCUGACUUAUCCUUAUUGUCACGUUGGAUAGAAAAAGUUAGAUCUUCGUCCAAGAGUCUGUCUUCAUCAAAUCUAGAUCAAAUUGUCAAAUACAAGUUAUCCAAAAUAUUUUUACUAGCUAUAACAAAUUUAAAGAUAUCAGAUUCAUUCUUAGAAGCAUUUUUGAAUUUAAUUAAUUAUGAACUUGAUUUCGCUUUUAUAAGUGAUGACUUCAAUAAUAAUAAGAAUAUCAUUCAUGAGUGUUGUUCUAUUCCUCCUGCGUCUACAUAUGAAAGCCAUCAUCAUGUUGUAAUAAACAAUGGAGUAAAGGUCAUAAAUUCAACUGAUAGUAUAAAUCAUUCCAGAACUUCAAUAGUAGACUAUAUUAUGAAUAAUUUACCUAAAAGUACUCGUGAACAAUUGCUUGUCUGCAAAGACUUCAAUGGUAGAAAUUGUCUUCACUAUGCUGCGCAAAAUAGCAGAAUUGAUUUGAUCAACUCUAUUUCACUGUUUUUUCCAAAAAAUCAUAUUGAUGAUUUAGAUAAUGAGUCAAUGUCAGCUUUGUUGUUAGCUAUUAAACAUGGAAACUUUGAUGUCAUUCAAAAGUUAGUUCAGAUUGGUAGUAAUUGUUAUCCCAAGUCUGACGACAGUAAAUUGCAAUAUCUUCCUAUUAACUACGCAUGUAAGUUUGGUGAUUAUAGAAUAUUGGAGUAUUUGUUAUCUAAAAGUCAGCCUAAUAAUAAGUUGAUUAAUCAGCAAGAUGUUGAGGGCUUAUUACCAUUACAUGUUAUUUCAAGAUCAGGUCAUCACAAAUUGAUUAAGCUAUUAAUUCAUUAUGGUGCUGAAGUGAAUCAAUUUGAUGGUUUGAAUAAAUGGACACCGCUUUUUUAUGCCGCACUGGAGGGCCAUGUUAAAACAACCCAAGAAUUAGUGAAAUCUGGUGCCAGGUUAGAUCUUCUUGACGAAGAUGGUUAUAAUGUUUUAUACUACUGUGUAAUUGAGGGUCAUAUCAGUGUUUUGAACGAGCUUUUAAGUUAUUAUAACGAUAUUUGUGGUAAACUUGCAAAUACUAAAAGUGCCAGUGCCCUUAAUUCAGAAAUGUAUUCAGAGAACAGUCGAAAAGGAAGACCAGAUUAUGGGACGGCGCCCGCUAAUAGCUCUACGAUUGAUAUGGCGAUGUCAGAUGAAGAGGAUUCGGAAGAUAGCGGAAAUACUGAUAAAAAUAACAUUGAUUCUAUUCCAGAUCUUCAAUUACCACCACCUAUUUUACCAUUAAGAAGGUAUGGUCAUAACUUUUUAGAACAGAAGGUUUUAAUCGAAUUGAUAUUUCCAAAUGACUCGGACUUUAUUAACUUAUUCAAUUCCGCAGCCGACAUGAAACCAGGAAGAAUAACACUUACGUCUAAUAUAUCAGAUAUUGUUCCUCGGAAUAUUUUGUUGCCAGUUGCAGACGAUACAAAAGCUAAUAAUAACUGUAUAUUCCAGGCUGACGUUGAAUCAUUACACGAAUUCAAGAUUGACUUCGAAAUAUUCCCUAAAUUUGGUACCAGACUCAUAGCAAAGACUACAGCCAUAACGUUUUCAAAGAUCGAUACUUCUUCGCCAGAAGUGAACUCCAUUCAAUUGCCAUUAUUUGAUUUAAGGUUAAGGAAUGUGGGACAGUUGAAAUUCAAUUAUCAAGUUAUUUACCCAUUCUCUGGAAAUUUACUUGAAACUUCGAAGUUUGAUACGUACUGGAAAUCAUCCACAAGUUAUGUGAAAACAAGAACUAAUUUGAAGCUUAACGCAGCUGGUGGUUUAUCGCCUAAUAACUUUUUAUCACCAUCAAAUAUUAAUGCCAAAGAUAGUAACAACAACGGAAACCAUAACAACAAUAGUAACAACAAUCCACUAACUUCAGCUAUUGAUUCUAGUGCCAACACUAUUCCUUCUUCUUUUGUGACUGCAACAUCCUUAUCAGGGGAGUACCUAAGAAUUAGAAUAUGUUUAUUAAACGACGGUACGCCAGUUGUCUGUCCACAGUGGUCAAUAGCAGUUACAGAAUUUAUUGAUUUGUACUUACCAAAUAUGUCAUUGGAGCAGUUGAGUUCAAUCACAGAUAGCCUUUUUGAUUACAGAAAGGUUAUAAGUGAUUUAUCCAAAAUGACAAGUAAGGACAUUUCAUUAAUCAAGAAAUUAUUGAAAAUCAUUUAUUUUCCGUUGAAUAUGUUCUUGGAUAUUUUGAAUGUUGACAUUAAUUUGAACUUGGAAUUGAUAUUUCCGUCAUCAUAUGAGUUAGAAAACUUACCUUUUGUUGGCAAUAUCCAACAGAAUUUGAACAAUUUUAUUGACUUCACCUUGAAUGAUGUAUUCAAUCAUAUAAGAUCACAGAAGAUUAAAAACGCUUCUGGCAAUGGAAGAUCAAUUAUUUUCUUAUCUUCGAAUUCGUUGAUUUGUAAAAUUAUUAAUUGGAAACAACCUAAUUAUCCUGUAUUCUUGAGUAUGAAUGGAAUUUCUUAUAAUAGCAAAAAAGGGAAAUUCGAGCCUAGGUCUGCAAAUGGUCUUUUGAUGAAUGAAGAUCCAUCAAAUGAAGAUGAAGAUAGUGAAUCUAAAUCUUCGAAGGACAGAAAUAUGAAUUGCGGCCAAGAAAUAACUAUUAGAUCAAUAAAAGAAGCAGUUAAUUUUACCAUUAAUAAUAACUUGAUAGGACUAAUUGCUUCAAUUCAUCUAUUGAAUUUUGUUCCUAAAUUAAUCCCAUUAAUUAGAUCGCGAGGUUUAAUUUUAGUGGCCGCAAGUGAUCUAGCCGAUAAUGAAGAUGAAGAUGUUGUCAACAAAGAGUUAGAUUCAUAUACAAGGACUGAAAUUAAUGGGUUGAGGUUUGAUGAUAUAUUAAGCUUUAAGGAUGAUAUAACUAUGUAA